AUGUCUAAGUACAGUCUGAACGGCAAUGGAAGAACUGAUGUGGUGAUGUUUUUGCGAAUCCAGCCUGUUGCAGUUCGUUUUGUUCGGGGAUGGAAAAUGGCAAUGGCAUCGCUGAGCAUGCCAAGGCAGACUACUCCACUGCCCGACCCCACAUCUCAAAAUAAAGAACGUGGCCCCAAGUCCGCCAUCAAUAGUCCACCAGCCAAUACAACCUCAUUACCUUCCCCUGCCCGUCCAGCCGGUCUUGGGGGCGCCUCCCCGCUACCAGAACCCACCUCCCGAGUUGUCCAGCACCCUCGGGUGAAUGGAGCUGUCUCCUCUGCGCAGAACCAGCUUGUCGAGGACUCCUCAAGUUCUGAGGCCGAGGAGUAUGACGAGACCCGUGAGAAGCUCCAGAUGAUCCGUAUCAAGUUCCUUCGUCUGGCCCACAGGCUUGGCCAAACCCCACACAAUGUUGUCGUGGCCCAGGUCUUGUACAGGCUGGGCCUGGCCGAGCAGCUGCAGGGACGGAGUGGAAGCCGCGUGGCCGCCUUCAGCUUUGAUCGUGCUAGCGCCAUGGCCGAGCAGCUUGAGGCUGCUGGACAGGAGCCUUUGGAUUUCACAUGUACCAUCAUGGUUCUCGGCAAAUCGGGUGUCGGCAAGAGCGCAACUAUAAAUUCAAUUUUCGAUGAGGCCAUGUUUGGCACCGAUGCUUUUCAGUUUGGCACGAAAAAAGUGCAGGAUAUUGUUGGGACCGUCCAGGGAAUACGGGUACGCGUAAUCGACACGCCUGGGCUUUUGCCAUCUUGGUCAGACCAGCGGCAGAACGAGAAAACCCUCCGUCAGGUCAAGAAGUUCAUCAAGAAAACGCCUCCUGACAUUGUGUUGUAUCUCGAUAGAUUGGAUAUGCAGAGUCGGGAUUUUGGCGACAUGCCACUCUUGAGGACCAUAACAGAAGCAUUUGGGGCAUCGAUUUGGUUCAACGCCAUAGUUGUUCUGACCCACGCUGCUUCGGCUCCGCCCGAAGGUCCCAAUGGUACAACCACGAGUUACGACAUGUUUGUGACUCAGAGGUCGCACGUCGUCCAGCAGGCUAUACGUCAGGCUGCUGGCGAUAUGCGGCUGAUGAACCCUGUGUCAUUGGUUGAGAACCACUCAGGUUGUAGGACCAACAGAGCUGGGCAGAGGGUUCUGCCGAAUGGCCAGGUCUGGAAGCCUCAUUUAUUGCUUCUGUCUUUCGCCUCGAAAAUUCUGGCCGAGGCAAAUACUUUGCUGAAAUUGCAAGAUACUCCCCCGGGAAGACCUUUCACCACCCGAUUAAGAUCGCCUCCUUUGCCGUUCCUUCUUUCAUCCCUACUCCAAUCAAGACCAGAAAUUAAACUUCCAUCUGAGCAGUUUGGUGAUGAAGAUGAUAAUGAUGCUAUCGAUGACGAUCUGGAUGAGUGUGUGGAGUCGGAUGAGGAAUCUGAGUACGAUGAGUUGCCUCCAUUCAAAACCUUGACCAAAGGUGAGCUGAACAAGCUCAGCAGAGCGCAAAGGAGGGCAUACUAUGACGAGCUUGAAUACAGAGAGAAGCUCUUCAUGAAGAAGCAGCUUAAAGAAGAGAGGCGAAGGCGGAGGAUGAUGAAAAAGCUGCAGGAGGCAGCUAAGGAUUUGCCUGCUGAGCAUGGCGAGAAUAAUGAUGAGGAAACUGCUGGUGCUUCGUCCGUACCCGUUCCCAUGCCGGACCUGGUUUUGCCCGCCUCAUUCGAUUCUGAUAAUCCAACUCAUCGGUACCGUUCACUCGAUUCUAAUACCUGGCUCGUGAGGGCUGUUUUGGAACCCAAUGGGUGGGACCAUGAUAUCGGGUAUGAUGGCAUAAACAUUGAGAAACUGUUCACAUUGAAGGAGAAAGUGCCGAUAUCAUUCUCGGGCCACAUUUCAAAGGAUAAAAAGGACACCAACCUUCAGAUGGAAAUCGCGAGCUCUGUAAAGCAUGGAAAAGGCAAAGCAACUUCUCUUGGGUUUGACAUGCAGUCGGUUGGCAAGGACUAUGCCUACACUUUACGAAGUGAGACUCAGUUUAGCAAUCACAGGAUAAAUAAGGCGGUUGCUGGUCUCUCGGCUACUGCUUUAGGAGAUGUUGUGACAGGCGGAGUGAAAUUAGAGGACAAACUAAUAAUCGGUAAAAAGGGGCAUGUUGUUAUUUCAGGAGGCGCGAUUUAUGGCCGUGGGGAGGUGGCGUAUGGUGGUAGUCUCGAAGCAACUUUUAAGGACAAGGAAAAUCCUUUGGGAAGGUUCUGCUCGACCUUAGGGAUUUCGGUCAUGGAUUGGCAUGGUGAUCCUGCUAUUGGUUGCAAUUCUCAGAUUCAGAUUCCUAUUGGGAGGUACACGAACUUGGGCAGCCGUCUUAAUAUUAACAACAGGGGUUCCGGGCAGUUUAGCGUCAAAAUCAAUAGUUCCGAGCAGCUGCAGAUUGUUUUGAUUGGCUUGAUCCCUUUGGUGAAGAAGUUAAUGGCCUUUUAUGUGAUCGUUGAACGACAAAGGUAUAGGCAGAAGACUAGGAUUAGAAAUCUGCAGGACAUUUGCAUUUUUCGCUCGAGCCCCAUAAGUCUUGAAUGCUCAGAUCAGAAGACAUCAUGUUCUUCGGUUGCUUUCCAUAACAAUGCUGUUGCUGUCUAG